AUGUAUUCAGAGCAAAGCCAUACUCUGCCAGAAGCAGCCAUCCAAACAUCAGCCCCUCCUCUGUUAGCCUCCAGUACCUUUGUAAACCAGCCUCCCAGUCAGUCCCUGCUGAAUCCUCUUCCUGCACAGGCCAUCAACUUCACAGUACCUGCAGAGGAUGAUGAGGACUGGCCCCCUCCUCCCCCUCCUGUAACAGACGAGUUCAUCGAGGAAAGUCGGCCACUGCCCCCAGAGAAGUUAGUGUCUGAACUUACAGAGCUGCUGAGGGAUACGAGAACAUCAUCACAAGAGCAGCCAAGGUACAUUUCACCUCAUCACCCCCCUCAAGCGCGGACACCCGAGUACUGCACUCCCUUCACUCUUGGAUUGAGAGUAAGAGCACUGGUGGACCUACUGGAGCAGUUGGGUGAAAGUGGACAAACAGAGCUCUGCUGUGGGUCACACGUGACUCGAUUAUUAUCCAAGCUGCCACAAGAUAUGAGAGCACAGUUCAAAAGGUUCCUGUAUCCAAUGCGUGUCACCAUCCCCACCCUUCUGCACUUCUCUGACUGGUUAGACUACGAGCUGAAGAUGCAGGAGACAGUGUAUGAGUCUCUGCACAGUGGAGUUAAGAGCAGCGAACACAGAGCAGCGCGACUUCAAGACAGUAAGGUGAACAAACCCACAAGCAUUCUCCAUACUGCAGACAAGCCCAGUGAUACCCCCCCAGCCGAGCAGACAUCCACUCCCAAUAAAACAGAGAAGAGUGCAUUUUGCCCCUAUCAGGAUCAAGAGGCUAUACAGCUGCUGGAGGCCAAAACAACAAGGGUCGAUAUCCAUCGAGUACUCAGCAAGGUUCUUUUCUCCAAAGUAUGUGAGGACUUCGUUCCUCACCUGGGUGUGGACAUCCUCCACUUCGCUUUCUCUGCCCUCUUCACCAUCGGAACCAAGGAGUACAUCAAGUAG